CGAGUUGGUCUUACAUCUAUGCAGUUACUUCUCGUGCCAUGAAACACAAGUUUUUCUGAGUCUGCCGUAUCUGCCACGCGCUGGCAGAACACGAUGGUUCUACCAGUUCUACCGGCAGAGCUUCUACUUCUAGUCUCACAACACCUAUAGUUCAACAUUCAGAACGUUCAACCUCCGAGUCAUCCGCUGUGUCUAGAUUCAAACUCGUCCGCCUGACCUGGUUGCCAGAUGUUGUAAAUGGUUUUCUCACUAUCUUUCUCAAAAAAACGACAGUUGGUGUAAACUUAUCAAGCCAUGCUCAGCGCCGUCGUUUUGCUGCUUGCUCUGCCGUUCUGCACUGCAGACUCAGCAUCCAGUUAUGCAGGAUCAACCCUUGUUGAUUCUUAUCCUCCCCCCGGUGCCACCAACGCCCCUGCUGUUAACGCUUACUUCCCGGAUGGAUCUCAAGUCGGUUAUGCAGGUCCAACGCCUACUGGUGCUGAACCUGCGGCCAUUAUCACUGCUAUCCCGUUCUCUAAGGUCGAAAACGCAUAUCCCUUGUCAAGGCCCCACUCGGCAGACGGCGCAAACACCAAUUUCAAUGUGAUGCGUCAAUGGGGAAACUUGGCCCCCAUGUACUCCGUGGAGUCCUUUGGCCUUCCUGAUGCAUCCCCCAUCAUCCCAGAAGGGUGUGGCCUCAACGCAGUCCAUCUCUUGAUGCGCCAUGGCGCUCGCUAUCCAACCUCUGACUCCGGAUCUUCUCACUUUGCCUCUAAAAUCCAUGCUGCUGCAUCGAAAGAAGGCUUCAGUGUCACUGGCGAUUUGAAAUUCUUGGCAACCUGGACAUAUAAGUUGGGCGCGGAGAUAUUAAACGCCCUUCGGCCGCGACUCGCUGUACGUUUGUUCUCCUUUACGAUACUUCCAUUGACGCUCCCCUUCAUCAGCUUUAGCAAUGGGGUUGCCUUCCGCUACAGAUACGGCAAUUUGCUCAAUGCCUUUACGGACCUCCCAGUAUUCCGUACUACUUCUGAAGAUCGCAUGGUGGAUUCUGCCCUGAACUUUGCAGCAGGCUUUUUUGACAUCAGAACUUACAAGACCGACUAUCACCAGGAGAUCAUCAUCGAGGGGGUCAACUUCAACAACACCCUCUCCCCUAAUCAUGUAUGCCCAAACUCCAAUACGGCGGAUAUCGGUAAAUUCGGUGGCACUCAGGCUAACAAAUGGGCGAAUAUCUAUCUCAAAGACGCUCAAAUGCGUUUGCAACCAAUGAUUCAAGGAUUUAAUUUGACCAUCUCACGAUUGGCUGAUAUGCAGACACUAUGCGCCUAUGAGACUGUGGCCCUCGGAUAUUCCAAGUUUUGCAACCUUUUCACUGAGGAAGAAUGGGAAGGAUACGAGUAUUACGUCGAUCUUAGUUUCUGGUAUGGGCAUGGACCAGGCAAUCCAACGGCAGCAGCGCAGGGCCUUGGCUAUGUUCAAGAACUAGUGUCGCGUCUCACUCACACUCCCAUUAAUGUCUGGAACAGCAGUACCAACAGCACUCUCGACUCGAGCAAUAUCACAUUCCCUCUCAAUCAACCUAUAUAUGUGGAUGCUAGCCACGACACUGUCAUUUCCAAUAUCGUCACUGCUCUGAACUUUACCAGUCUAGCUGCAACUGGUCCUCUGCCGACCGAUCAUAUACCUCCUCGCCGUUCAUACAUUGCUAGCCAGAUUGCACCUUUUGCCAGUCAGCUUGUAGCGCAGGUACUCAGUUGCCCAGCAUCAGAGGAGCCGACUCAUAUCCGGUUCGUUCUGAACGAUGGUGUAGUGCCACUAACGGGCAUCCGUGGUUGCACGGAUGACUCGAAUGGUCUCUGCGCGCUGCCCAGCUUCAUCAGCGGAAUGCAUGAACGAAUUGGGCAGAUCGACUAUGCGCAUGAUUGCUUUGCCAAAUAUACGAUACCCAAACCCGACAACAUCAUUGAUGGAAGAUACCCUAGAUGA